UCUUAUCCAUUUUCUCCUGUGUCCCCCACUCCCAUUUUUAAUAAUCCCAUCUUUUCUUCAACCUUUCCACCUUCCACAACCCAAAGAUUUGGCCUUUAUUUCUUUCUUCCCAAGAUUGCAGAUUUGGGUGUUUUUGAAUUUCAUAUCUGAUAAUGAAGCUGAUAAUCAUGGCAGAUGAGAAUCAAACCCAUCUUCAAGAUUCAUCAUCACUACUGUCUCCUUCUUCCUCUGAUGUGUGCAGUGAUGAUCUUUCCUCUGACUCAGAUUUGUUUGGUGAUGAGGAGGAUGAAGAACAAGAAGAAGAAGAUAGCCUGUCUCCAUCAUCUGGUUCUAGCCAUGGUGAUGAACCCUUGCAAGACAUGUCAACCCUCCUCCAAGAACUGCCCUUCAAGAGGGGGUUGUCAAAGCAUUACAAUGGGAAGUCACAAUCAUUCACAUCUCUAUCAAAUGUGAGGAGUUUGGAGGAUCUUGCCAAGCCAGAAAACCCAUACAACAAGAAGCUCAAAUCAUGCAGGAGCUAUGGAGGAUUGUUUCUAGAAGGGUGCAAAAACAGCCAUAAUCAGCCUCAAAGAAGCAGCAGUUCUUCAAGGCUGGGGCUCUUGAAGAAGUCUUCUAGCAGAGGCUCAUGUUCAUCUCUAAGCUCAAGGAGAAAUGGCAGCUUUCUUGGAAACAGACCCCCCACUGUUCCCCCUCAUAGAUCUGCUAGCACAUCCAACUUUGCCAAUCAAACCCCUUUGCUAGCUUGAAAACAAAAAGGGAUGACAACAUGACGGGUCGGGUCAGGUACCUCUUCAUUCAUUUAAGACUAUCUGAACUCGAACUCGAUUUCUUGUAUCACUACCUGAAGUAAAUACAGGGUGUUAGGGCUUGUUAAAGUGUGCCUCUCUAGCAAGGAUGAUAAGGAUGAUGAUGAUGAUUAGGGAUACUUCAUUCCCAGUUUUCCAUUGAUGUUUGUAUGAGAGUUCUGUAUGUUGUCAGAAUUCUGGAAACCUAACAUGUUCACUUUUGAUGAAAUAUGAUCAGAAAAUUUAAUUUGUAACCCUUUGCCACUAGUUUUCUUGAUUUUGGGACUGCCAAAUUGUUGAUCUUUGAUCAAUCAAUUUUGACUUUUGUGUAUAUCUUUA